CGCCCACGCCCACAAAUUGCACACACUCACCUUCGAAAAUAUAAAAUUACGCGGUUUCUCACAUUUGGUUCCUUUUUCCUCUCCUCUGCUGCUCUUUCGUUUCUCGUCUUUUUCUUCCCUCUCGUCGUCUCUGUCCCUCUGUCGUUCGUACACCAUUUCAUGGUGAUUUGAGAGGGAAGACGACAGGAAAAAGAUAAAUUAUAUGUUUGUGGAAGGUUAAGUUCCCAGGGCAUUGUUUCUUGCCCUGCCUGCCGUUGCCGAGCUGCUGGAUAAAAGUAGAAUAGACAAGAUAACUGACAAAAAAACAACGAGACGAAGAGACGACGUGCAUUGUUGAGAAAAAUAUCUUCCCCGGUAAUGGAUACAUUGGACGCUAUCUUGUUAGGUGCAAGCAAAGCUUGCUGUAGUCCGCUCGCCAUUUUUAUUCAGAUCCAGGGAUAUUUUAUCUGCUUAAUUCUUGCUCUUGGAUGGGCUGGUGCUGCUUAUGUCAGAAGCAGAGAAAUAAGACGGAUGGCUGAGAGAAUGAGAACUGGCAACAGUUUUGCAUUUCUCUGUAGUGAUAUUAAUGAGCUCGAGCAUUCAAAUCAGAUCCAUUUGCCUCGAGUGUCAGUUAUCAUGCCUUUGAAGGGCUUUGGAGAGCAUAAUCUACACAAUUGGAGAUCUCAGGAGUUUUGCCUCACCGGAUCUUCCCCUGGUGCCUGCUUUGCAACUGAAAGGCUUUAA